AAACACCACAAAAAUAGACCACAAGAUGGCGCACUGACAUACUUCUACUAAGCACAGAAGAUUAACGUAUUCAGGCAUACCUGUAUGAUUUUAGAUAUAAGUACAUAAAUGAAAUCUGGAUGUGUAUCUUUCCAACUCUUUCAUUUCAUCAUCAGUUGCAUCCCUGCAUCCAUCCAUACAUCCAUCCAUCCAUCCCAGAGUCCUCCCAUAGUUCACCAAAUACACACACACACUGAAACCCAAUCAAGCUUGUGGCAGUUACCUGAACUCAUGACUCAGUCCAUGUAAAAUUCAUUUGCUCAGUGAUCCACUCACUUAUAGAGAAGCAACCUGACUCCAGUGACCCGUCUGCAAAACCUCAGAGAGGAUCGACACUUGCAGCAUCACAAAGUUGGGUUUUACAGGUAAUGCUCAGGGAACAUGAGUGAACAAAGACAGCGAGCCCUGUCCACGUCAGGUGAGGCUCUGUACCAGGUGCUCGGCCUUGACAAGAGCUGCACUCACGAUGACAUCAAGAAAUCAUACAGGAAGCUCGCUUUGAAACAUCACCCAGACAAGAACCCGGACAACCCUGAUGCUGCUGAGAAGUUCAAGGAGCUCAACAAUGCUCACUCUGUGCUCUCGGACAUCACAAAACGGAACAUUUAUGACAAAUAUGGUUCAUUGGGGCUCUAUGUGGCCCAGCAGUUUGGAGAGGAGAAUGUGAACACUUAUUUUAUGCUCUCCAGUUGGUGGGCCAAGGGUCUGUUUGCCAUCUGUGGCUUGCUGACAGGCUGCUAUUUCUGCUGCUGUUUGUGCUGCUGUUUCAACUGCUGCUGUGGGAAGUGUAAGCCCCGCACUCCUGGAGAGGAAGACCAAGAGUGCUACGUGUCUCCUGAAGACCUGGAAGAGCAGAUUCGCACUGACUCAGAGAGGGAUGGAGACACUCCUGUAAUGCAUCAGCCAACUAAUGCGAGUGAGAAGACCCAGCUGAUUGGGGACGGACACCGGACAUACACCUGAGGGAGAGUGUCUUUAUAAACAGCACUUUCUGAUAUUCUUCUGCUGUUGAAUAACUAGCUAUAUAUUUAUGUGUCUUGCUCAUGGACAUUUUUCAACCAGUGCUGUAUGUACAUAACUUUUAAUGAACUAUUGCUAUAUAUAUAUAUAUA